GCUGGGUAAGGCGAUCCCCUGAAGUGAGUAAGACUCUGAGUUGUUCAAGUUUUCAAAGCGGCUGCUGCAGCUCUGGGAGAAGGGGAGGCGAGCUGGAGGGCGCAGGGCCAAGCAGAGGAUCCCGCCGAGCUGAACCAGCUGGGUGACACGCUCAAGGCAGGAAUUCUGGUGCCCCCAAGAGACGGAUCUGGCCCUUGGCUCAGCUGACCCUACGAUGUGAACUUUGCCCCUCCAGGUGAGGACGGGAGUUUUAAAAUAAAAUGGAUGAUUUGACAUUACUCGAUCUUCUGGAGUGCCCCGUGUGCUUUGAAAGGCUGGAUGUCACAGCCAGAGUCCUCCCCUGCCAGCACACCUUCUGCAAGCCGUGUCUCCAGAGGAUCCUCAAGGCCCACAAGGAGCUGAGGUGCCCGGAGUGCAGGACCCUGGUGUUUUGCAGCAUCGAGGCGCUGCCAGCCAACCUGCUGCUCGUCCGUCUUCUGGAUGGUGUGCGUGCAGGCCAGAGCUCAGGGAGAGCGGGCUCCUUCCGCAGGCCCGGCGUGCUGACCUUGCAGGACGGCAGGAAAGGCAGGGCUGCCCCCAAAGGUCUUCAGUCCAGCCCUCUCCGACCGGUGCCUAAUGUCCGAAUCCACAUGGAUGGGGUGCCUCGAGCGAAGGCCUUAUGCAACUACCGAGGGCAGAGUCCUGGUGACCUGAGAUUUAAUAAGGGAGACGUCAUCCUCCUCCGGAGACGGCUGGACGGGAGCUGGUACCAGGGGGAGGUCAAUGGGGUCAGUGGGACCUUCCCAGCCAGCUCCGUUCAAGUCAUCGAGCAGCUGCCCCAGCCGCCCCCACUCUGCCGGGCCCUCUACAACUUUGACCUACGAGACAAGGACAAGAGUGAGAACAAGGACUGCCUGACCUUCCUCAAGGAUGACAUCAUCACUGUGAUCGGCAGAGUGGAUGAGAACUGGGCAGAAGGCAAGCUUGGAGACCAAGUAGGCAUCUUUCCUAUCUUGUUUGUAGAGCCAAAUCUCACCGCAAGACACCUCCUAGAGAAGAAUAAAAGCCACCAGUCAUGCUGCACAAAAAGCCUGUCUCUUGCAUCCUCAUUUUCCAGAAGCAAGGCGGCCAACACCCCUACCCUCCGAAGGGGCCCCGGGGGCAGGAGGAAGGGGCCCGGGCAGUUCUCCAUCACGACAGCAUUGAACACCCUCAACCGGAUAGUGCAUUCUCCUCCGGGGAGCCGUCUGGUAGAGAUCAGCACCCCGGUGCUUAUCAGCUCCAGCAACCCCUCUGUGAUCACCCAGCACUCCGAGAAAGCAGAUGUUCCUCCCAGCUCUGCGGGGCAGGUCGGCACGUACCACCCCACACCUGCGUCCCCAGGACAUUCCCUGGCCGGCGCCAUCGCCAGCCUGCCCGGCUCCCAGCAACACCUCUCAGCUAACAUGUUUGUCGCCCUGCACUCCUACUCGGCCCAAGGACCCGACGAGCUGGUGCUGCAGAAGGGAGAAGGCGUCAGGGUCCUGGGGAAGUGCCAGGACGGCUGGCUCAGGGGCGUGUCCCUGCUCACUGGGCGCGUCGGUGUCUUCCCCAAACACUGUGUCAUCCCCAUUUUCAGAAAGACAUCCAGUUUUCCAGAUCCCCGGAGCCCCGGUCCCGACGCCACAUGGAUGGUGUCCACCUCCUCUGUGUCCUCCCAAGGCAGCGCUUCGGAAGGUGACCCCCGGCAAAGCCGUCCCUUCAGGUCGGUCCUUGUGCCCACGGCUGCCGGCACGACGCCCGGACAGGGCUCUCUCCGCAAAGGGCGGAGCAGCACGAGAAAGAAUGGAUCCCUGCAGAGAGCCGUCCAGUCGGGGGCCCCCACCCUUGCGGGCUCCCUCAGACGUAGCCCCAUCGUGGUCGUCCGGCCUCAGCAGUUCCAAUCGUACCAGCCACAGAGCAUCCCCUCCGCACCCUCAGCGGCGGUGGCCGAGAGGGGCCCCAAGCCCGCGCCCACCGGGGAGCCCACCCUCCCGCGUGCCAGCAGGGGCGGCGAUGCCAGGACCCACUCAGCAGCCAACUCCCUCAUCAUGGAAGGCAAGGAAAACCCCCCCAAGAGUGAGCCUCUACCAAAACCACCUGCAUCUGCCCCACCUUCGAUCCUGGUGAAACCAGAAAACUCGAGAAAUGGCACCGAAAAGCAAGUCAAAACUGUGAGAUUUCAGAAUUACAGCCCUCCUCCUGCCAAGCAUUACACCUCCCAUCCCACCUCCGGAAAGCCUGAACAGCCAGCUACCCCUAAGGGGUCCCUGCCUGAAGCGUCCCCCUUGGAGCCAGAGAUGACUGUCCUAUUCGCCCACCGAAGUGGCUGCCACUCCGGACAGCAGACAGACCUCUGGAGAAAGUCAGCUUCUGGCAAGACCCUGACCCCAGUGUCCACUGCCUCAGCCACACAGACCAUGUUUCCCAGCAAAUGAAUCUGUGGGUGGCUUUUCCUCGACCCCAAAAAGAUGAAUUGCAUUUAAAUACAGUCUCCUCCACAGAGGGUGUCCUGCCGUUCUCUGGGGACUUGAGCCUCCAUGGAGGGCAUGCUGCCAUUCUUUGGGGACUUGAGCAUGGGUCCUUGUGACCUCCUGUUUAUCUCCAGGAAAGGAGAGGUGGGAGAAGAGGUCCCUCCCCUGGGUGAGAGGAUGGAUUGGGUGUCUCCCAACAUGAGGAUUCAGGGCAGCAAGGCUACUGCUCAGACCAGAGAGCAGGAGACCACCCUGCCCGCCCUGCUCCCCAGCACAGUCUGAGGCCUGUCACCCUGUGUUCUGUGUAGAAUUUCUACGGUGUCCUAACAGGGCUUCCGCCAGGGGUGUCACAAUAGUGGGAAUGUGGGCAUCACUUCUUUGAUCUCAUCACCAUGUUUUUAAGCAUCAGAACCACUUCUGCCAUCUUCUGGGGCUUAGUGGGCACCGUGUCUUUUCCCCUCCACUGAGUCAUAAUCCUGACUGCAAAGGGAGAAUUCCUGGAACAGGCAUAUGAUGGGUAUCUUGAACAUUUCGAGAACCCUCUAAAACCAAAGGGAGUAAGCUCUCUGGGUUUGUUCCAAACAAGAAUGUCAGAGAGAAUGCUACCUAUUAUCAUACUUUCAGCUUCUCAAUCUGUUUCCCCACAUGUAAUUCUAUACAUGGGAUAAACAGGAAGCAGGUAGCUGUGAACAGGGUCCUAUAUAGUGUUACAGGCCAUGCAUUCAUUCUGGCUUUGGUCUGACUUCCCCAAGAAAACACGAGAUGCUUGAAAACAACUUUGUAAGGGGUUUGAGUUUAGAUAUAUAUUCUGUUUGCAUUGCAACAUUCUUUACUUGCUCUGGUUUCUUCUCAUUUGCGGCAGACAAGCUGUUUCCCCAGGAUAAGGCAGCAAUGUCCGUGGGAAAUGCUAGUCGAGGCUGGGGUGGGCACUUUGUAGAGGAAAGCUGCUGGAGAGGCACUGGGCGGACAAGGCUGGAAUGGAAAAGGGGGAAGGGAGGUGAAGAAAAUAUGUAGCAGAGAAAAAGGGGAGGUUAUAAGAGGAAGGAAAAGAAAGAGAGGAGUGCAGAAAGCGGCUGGGAAGCAGAGGAAAGGGGCAGAGAGGCACUCACAUUCCAGACGAGUGGGACCAGAAGGGCAGAGUCUGCAGACUAGAUGAGCCCACGGAGGUGGGGCUGGGGUGGCAGCGACCAGUCAGCAGGGCUCGCGAAGAGGGUGAGAAGCGUCCCCAGGAGCGAGGCAGUGCUCAGGGAGAGCCCGUUAAUUCUCAUUAAACUCAACUGCUGCAAGUUAACAUUUAUCGUAUGCCCAUCAGGGUGGGCACUUUAGUCCAUAAAUACUGUUUACUACUGAGGCCGAUUGUCAUUAAAAAAAAAAAAAAGAGAGAGGGGGCAGGUCUAAUUAGACCUUUUCCCUGGACAGUUUUCAAAUCCUGGGAUUAAAGCCAUGCAUUGUUUACAUACCCCGCCAGACACUUGGCAAACUGAAUUGUCCAGAUUUUUCCAGACCUUGAAGCAAAAGCAAAACCAUAAUCCUGCCAAGCAACAGGGCACAUGUGUCAGACCGAGGCAUUGGCGGGGCCCACCUGGCAGCGUGGUCUGAUGUUUCUGGGAGUCACUGGUCUGCUCCACAAUGUCGACAUGCCAACUCCAUGCCUUAUGGGUUGCAUAUAAUCAUCCUGACGGAGAAAUGGGAAAAAGUCACAAGGCUAGGGAGGCACUGUAUGAUUCGUCGAAAUGUGAGCACCCACACCCUUCUUUACCCAAAAAAGCACUCAGUGAGUUCAGCAAUGUUAGCAAUCUAUUCACACCCAGAGUGGCAGACAAAAGACAUGACCAGCCAAUCAAAUAUUUAAUCUGUGCCUCAGCAGCAACGGAUACAGUUAAUUUUUAACUGGCGGCUGACAAGCAGCUUGUUCAGGUAUAAUGGAGAUGCAAUCCAUGCCUUCCAGAUGGAAUGGAAUCUUCUCCCCACUAUGUCUACAGGGUGAUGUGCUGAGACCCUCCGGCUUGCCACCCCGUCCCAUCCAGCUUCUUUGCCCAUGCCCGGGAUCACACUCCCGCCCUCCCAAGCCAGAUCCCAUCUCUGCGGAGUCAUAUGAGGACUUGAAAGGGGCAGGAGGCUGUUAUUGCCAAGUAAAAGCUGAACUCACAGGUGCCGCCAAUUGUUUCCUCCACCAAGGUUCCAGGUGUUUCCUGUGCUGGGCACUGCGGUGAGGACGACAGGCACCUCAUCCUCCCCUACUCUGUCCACCAUAGCUUUAUAAGGCAACUAUAAUUGCCCCUAUUAUAGAGCCGAAGAAACUGCGGCUUGAAGGGUAACCACAGAUAGUGGCAGUGUGGAUCUGGCAGCUGCCCACACCCUAAGUUCAAGCCAUCCUCCUAGGAAGCCCGACGUGGGGCUCCACUGUGUGAGCCGGGAGACCCCCCUCGGCUUCAGGCCACUGCCUUCAGGCUGCAGGGAGGCAGCCUAGUGCAGACUCUGCAGCCCACAGACUGGGUUCAAAUCCUCCUCUCCCACUUGCUGGCUGUGCGACACGAGGCAAGCUCCUGAACCUCUCUGAGCCUUGUUAAACAGGCAUGAUAACAGUGCCAACCUCAUCAGGCUAUUGCAAGGAUUAAAUGAGGUAUACAAACAUUAUAAAGAAGAAGCGCUUCAAUAUUGGGUUUAAAUGUAGUGAUCAGGCCACAGUCUCUAGUACCUAGAGGAACCCACCCCUCUGUGGGACAUUCCAGGGGUACCAGGCAGAGCCCAGGUGCCUCGUGUCUGAAGCCAUACUCCGUCCUGUGAGAACUCUACACCUCAGCUAGGACUGGGUCCCCAGGAAGGGCAUCCCUUCCCCCAGAUCAGACCCUGGCACCUCAGUGCUGGGGAGGCUGCUGAGGGCAGGCUCUGACUGGGGAGCAGGGGCUGGGGGACACACCUGAGGGGUGACAGAGGGGCACAACCAGCCAAGGACAGACUCUGGGCCAUGCUGAGGAAACGGUCUCCUUCAUCAAGAUCCUCACCGAGAGCUUAUCUCCUCCCCUUCCAGGGUGGGGCCAGCUGCACCCUCUCAACCCUUCACCACCCCCCAAACAGGGCUUUUGAAACAGGAAGAGUUUAAAGCGAUGUCCCACCUGUGACUUGGUGACAUGCAGGACUGACUCAAUACGUGGAUCACUGACUUCCAACUUCUCUUGAAAACUCAGAAGGUCUGUCCAUGCCGGACCUGCAUUCCUGAGCAGCAGCAAUCCGGGGAGCUGGGUCAGGGGUCAAGGCUCCCGUUAAAUGGACACGCACACUCACUGUGCCAGGGCCCCACCAGCCUGCUUCGCUCGCAUGACCUGCUGUCGAGCUGCACAUGAUCCUUAGAGAGUGCGAGCAGGACCUCAUCAGAGUUACCGCGAAGCCCUUGCAAGUUAGAGCUGACCUUUACGAAUCGGCUGACCCAGGCACUCGGGUCUCACGAGCGUGGUGACCUAGCCUGGGCCCUACCGAGUGUCAUUCAGCAGAUUGAGGAGGGAACUGGCAUCCCUGUUUUCAACAAGCUCCCCAAGUGACUCUGAGGCACUUCAAGUAUCAGAAUCAAAUCCUCCUCGUAUCACCGCGAAGCUGACAUUCGGCUGUGACAUUUGGCAGGAGCAAGGCCAUGUUGGUUGUUAGUAUAUUGAAGAAGGCCUGUACUGACAGAUGGAUAGUGGGUGCUCUGGGCUCCCCAUGGCCUCUGCCCCACUCCUGUGCCCUGGCCCUUUCUCCAGGUCCUUCCCAUUGCUCUGCCCUCUAACAGCUAACAGGCUAAGGCCGGGGCAGCUGAGACCUACAGCAAUAAAGCCCUCCUUCAUUCUGA